CUAUUGGUAUGGAAUAGUCUCCAUAUAGUCCCCCUCUUCAAUGGUCGAUCGUGUCCUUACAUACCUAGUAUACCAAAUUCAAGCGCUGUAAUUUUGCCAAAAAAAAAAAAAUGAUAACCGUGGGAUCGCGCUUUUCCUACUCCAGCGUCGUCGACGUUACUUUGUGCCUCGAUGGUGAUAGUUUGGUUACCUAGCGUCACUAGCUCCGACACGACAUUAGACGAUUGGGAGAGGAAGAUGGAAGAGUACAAGGCGUCCUCGGAGCUGAAAAGCUGAAAGGACCAAUAUUCUUGGCAACAAGCUGAAGGUCUCUCACAAUCUCAAUCAAUAUAACUUUUACAUUCAUCCAGCUCGUUAGUCGGACCAAUGUAAGAUUUAUCAACUUCAAGUGCGUGGUCAUAACAGAAGAAAACCCCAGAAACCAUGGGGCGCGCCUUGCUAUCCUUCUCAGUUCGGCUCGGGCUGCUUCUCACAGCUUCGGCCUCCAGGCUCCUUUUCCAGCCCCUCCCUACGCAGGCUAGAGAUGGCGCAUUUGCGACAUUACAGCCUAUGCCUACCACGGCCCCGGAAUAUUACGCGUCAAUCGAGCUGUUGAGGCGCGACGAAUACCACAUGGGCCAUGAUACAUGCGGGUUUGGUGCUCUCGACCCUGGUAUUACUUAUAAAUGUUACUCAGAUAUCGGAACAUGCGAAAAUAUUAGCGGCUACAGGGGAUGUUGUACGGGAGAGCUGAAGGCAUGUUCGUCGAGUUUUUGGACCCAAUGUGACGAUUAUGAUCCGAUGAGUUACUGCGGCAUGAGUUCAAAGACGCGUUGCUGUCAGUCGGGACUACCAUACUGCAUCACCUGGUUAUUCUCUACGAGUGGUUCAACCGUUUCAGCAUGGGACUGUGAUUCGCAAAGCAAAACUCGAGAAUUUGAGCUACUAGCUACCCCCUUAAGCCUAAUUGAUAGCGCGACAUCGUCGACUACGAACGAUUUAACGACCACGUCUUCAACGCACGAGCCUGAUAAUUCACAUUCCGUAGCAACAAGCAGUUCGACCGUUUCAUCCUCAACAUCGAUAGACACCACCACCGUGCCCUUGAGUAAUAGCUCCGGGACUCCCAUCGGAGCUAUUGUCGGCGGGGUUGUGGGCGGCGUUGCUGUUAUCUGCUUGACUAUCCUAGGCAUCUUCUUCAUCAAGAAGUACCAGAAGGGCACUCAUACAACCGCAUCAGCGCCACCAAUUCUUUCUGGACCUCAGGAACUUCUUGGCUCCGGAAUGUCUUCUCCCUAUCCGACUCCUUCCCAUGGGAACUACGCUCCCAUCUUACAACACGACGCUUCGGGACAGCUUAAGUAUCAAGCUCCGGUAGCGCAAGCAACACAAGUCGCCGAGGCACCGUAUACCCCCGCCACUGGGACAGGGUACAAUCGAGCCGAGUUAGGAUAAUGGUGCGAGGACUAUGAUUUAUGAGACUCAUAUUUCCCAGGUACAUAGAUGGGACACUGUACAGAAAUAUACCAAUUAUGAUAAUAUACGGUUAGCAGGAACCGGCAUGAGGUAGAAAGGGUAUAAGUUUGCUUUUUGGAGACUAUUCAGCGGAACUUAUUAUUAUGAUAUAAAACACUGAGUGCACAUUUUAUAUCAUCUUCCCCGUAUAUUCACUAGAUAUAGUGGUAGUUUAGACACUUGUCCCAUUCACAGCCAUUUUAUAUGUAAAUAUUAGGGGGCUUAAUAUUGGCAUCCGGCAUGAAUGGAGCGUGGGAACUUAGGUAGUUAUCAUUUAUUUGGGUUCC